GGCAGAAGGGAUUCGGAGAGGAUCCCUUUCCUAACCAAAGCAGCUCCUUCUUCUCAUACCGCUAAGCCAUCCCUCCCUUCCCUUUCUCCCCGCUCAGCCGCCGCCCUCACUCAUUCAGUCAUUCUCUCACUCUCUCUCUCCUCUCUUUCUCUCUCUCUGAGUUAGCAAAAUGAUAAAGCGGCGAUUCUACAAGCUAGAACAUGGCGACAGAGAUGGCCCCUCCAAUUCAUCUUCAUCCUCGUCGGAUUCUGAAAUGGAACCACAAGCCACAGACGACUCGGAUGAAGAAGAAGAAGAAGAAGAAGAAGAAUAUGAUGCAGUCCAAGAACUCAAGGACGAUGCUCAGUCCUGCUCUACCUCCUCUGGAUAUCAAAGUGAGGAUAGCUCAGCGACUGAACUUCCUGUUGACUCCUCAGGUCUACCAAUAACUGAAGAUGAUGAUGCUUCAACCGGACAUGAAAGACCGGCUCUUAUGGUUGAUCAGUUGCUUGGUAAAAGUGGUUCAAAAUUACCAGAGGAAGAAUCUAAAAUCAUGCCAGACGAGGAGUCAAUACCAGUAGAUUUACCAGACUGUAUCGUGAAAUGCAAAUCAGCUUUUAAAUGCAGGUUAUGCCCUAGAAUUGUCUGUUUGAAUGAGGAGAGUUUAAGGGCUCAUCUGAAUUCCAAGAGGCAUGCUCGGUCUGAGAAACUAUUGGACGAAGGUAGGCUGAAGACCAUACUGAACGCUGAUGGGAAAAUUGAUGAAGAAGAGACCCCUGCUUUAUAUGCUAAAAUUCUAGCUAAUUCACAGGGUAUGCCGAGAAAGAAAAGUAAAAGACAAGACAAGAAUGGGUCGAAAAAGAAGAGGACGAGAUACGGUGGGAAGCAAUCCAAAGGGAACCCGUCCAAGAGAAGGCGUGGAUAAAGUGCUACGAAUGUUGUUUUUGGUUGGGAUUUUGCCAUUUUGUACCGAAUUAAGGAAGCUAUCUUAAGAUUUUCGUCGCUUUCGAGUGAUGUGGCCAAACUGACUGCUUGAUGAUACUUUGCUCUGUUAUUUAGUUUCAGCCACUUCUAAGCUUGUUAUCAGAAGAAUGAGAAUGAUCAGGUCUUGCAUUCGUAA